CCCUUGGUCCAAAACAACAAACACCUCCAUUUUCAAGGCACACAGCCACCUCGCCGCGCAGCUGCCUACAAUGCGGUAGAAGAGGGGACGCAGACUGAGCCUUUCUCUUUCACCUUGCAUUGGUGACAAAGGAUGUCGGACACGACAACGCAGACGGCGCAGCUCGCAGACGACGACUCGGCCAGGCGGAAAGAGCCACAGUCGGCGCAAGAAGAGGCCCAACAGGGAGGGGCGCCGUCUUCUUCCGUUCCUGAUGGACCGCAAACAGUACAUCGGCCAGUCGUCGACGACAGGAAAGAGGUGGAGAAAGGGCAAGGGCGGAGAAAGAAAGGGGGCAAGGAAGCGGCCCCGCUGGCCUUGCAGCGCUUCUCGGAGAGGGUGCAGCGAUGGAGCGAGUCGGUCGAGGCCUGGUCGGCCCGGCAGCAGGAAAAGUCGGCGCAGAGAAGGCAGGGCAUGCGGGACCCCGCGACAGAGAUCGAUCCAGCGACGGGCGAGGUCAAGGAGCCAAAGGGCGACAACAUUGUGCAGCGAAAGGGCAUCAUCAUCAUUGUCGCUGUCGUCCUCCUUUGGGUCUACUUUGCCUUUACGUGGAGGGUCUGCGCAGUCAACAUUAGACAGGAGCGUUUCAGGACAACGGCGUCCAGAGCUACCGGUAUCGGCCUCCUCGUCGGCUUCAACAUCCUCUGGCUCAUGACAAUAUGGACCUAUGUCAAGGUGAUUCUCACCGGCCCAGGGCUCGUGCGCGACCACGUCAACAUCUCCGAUGCUCCGCCGGCAAGAGAGGGCGACGAGGGGAUGCCCGACUUUGAAGCGCCAGGCAUGCCCAAGGGAACGGGGGCGCACCCAGACCGCGCUCCUUCUUUCAUCCCUCCUCCUCUUCAUCCUCCUCUCCCCCCCUCUGGUCCGCAACUGCCGACAUUACCUCCCAACUCUGGUGCAGAGCCUACAAAGCCCUUGAAUAAGCAUGUUGAAGCAUCGUCCCCGACGAUGACAGAGGUCGACACGACGGGUGCAGCAGUCGCAGGGCCCUUGGCAGCAGGUCUGUUGGCAAGCAAGGAUGAGAGCGAAAAAGUGCAGCAGGAACAGGAGCAAGGGCAAGGGCGUCAAGCCGAAGACAGCGGUGUCGGGAGCAGCGAGCAGACCAGGACAGUGCAGCCGCAGCCAGCUGUGGCGCCCGCUCUUUAUCCCGCGCCAAUGCCAAUGCCUCCAGGGCAACUACCAGAGCCAGUGAGGAUGGUGCCUCGGACGGCGCCCCUCGACCCUGCCAACCGGUACUGCUACCGGUGCAAGCGCACAAAGCCACCUCGCGCACACCACUGCCGGCACUGCGCCACAUGCGUGCUCAAGAUGGACCACCACUGCCCCUGGGUCGGUGGCUGUGUGGGCGCGCGCAACCACAAGUUCUUCUACAACUUUCUCACCUGGGUCACGCUUCUGGAGAUCUACACGAUGAUCUCGACGGCCGUCCUCUUCUCGCGCGGCAUACAGCAGGGCCAGGAGCAGUGGCACCUGGACGGCUACAUGAUCAGCCUCUUUCCCAUCACCGCCCUUUUUACCCUCUUUACGUCGCUCCUGCUCGGCACGCACACCUACCUCUUCCUGCUCAACCUGACGACGAUUGAACACAUGGCCUACGAUCGCAUGAAGACGCGUGAGGACGUCGUUCUCUCGCGCUACGUUGAUUCGCUGUCUGGCAACGGUGCUAAGGGCAAGCUUGGCUUCGCAGCACAGAUCAAAGAAAAGAAGCGAAUCAGGACCAAAUGGGCAAAGGAGUGGGGGUCACUCAAGACCGAGGGAAACCUAUGGUGGCUCGACGGCAUCAAUGAUGCCAAGGCGGUCCAGUCCGACGAGAAGGAGGCUGCCCUCUUUGCUGCGCGCGAGAAGCCCGAGGCAGACGCACGGAGGUCUUCUUCGACGUACGCGCGCAUCAUCCCGUGGUACCGCGCCGUGGGGCCCAACUGGAGGCAGGUCAUGGGACAACGGCCCCAUGAGUGGUUCUUGCCCGUCGGCAGGUCCGGCUCAGACGGACUCUCCUACCCGACCAACUGGCGCUUCGGACCGGGCGGCACAUGGAGAAGACGUCCGGAAUGGUAAUGCAAAGUCUUUUUCUCUUCCUCUUCCUCUUCAUUCUCCUCUCUCUCUCCUCCAUUGUCUCUGCUCAAUGUAUACCGUGUCCUAGAAAGAGAGUCGCACACAUAAUCACGUCGAUCGAAAUGCACAUCUAUUGGAUUCAUCGUCC